CUUACCUUGUCCUUGUCGGCAGCAGGAGAAUCGUCGCUGUACGGGAUAAACACAUGGCUAAGCUGAGCAAAGAGACCAAACAGCGGCUGCAGCAGCUGUUCCAGUGCGGCCAGUUUGUCAUCCGAUGGGGUUUUAUCCCAACCGUGCUGUACCUCGGUUUCAAACGAGGAGCAGAUCCAGGAAUGCCUGAACCCACAGUCUUGAGUUUGCUAUGGGGCUAAAGGACGUCUACGCACAGCCAGACCCCUCCUCACAUCAAGACCAUGUGACCCACCCGUCAUGGGAAAACCAGGAAAUAUACCUUAUUUUUCACUUUCCUCUCCAUAGAUCAUGCUGUCCAGUGUCCCAGGAGUAAUGAAUCAGUGUUAUCUGUGGCCACAUAUACAGAGCACGAAUGGAGAGUGUCAACUACUUGGACAGAAUAUAUUUGGAUCAACAAGCUGGAAUCAAGACUUUGUUUGUGAAAUCUGUUGUCUUGACUGGACUAUCUAUCUGUAUUUUUUGGGAUUAUUUGGCGGCGAUGUUUGGUUAUCCUGUACCAUUUGUUCCUCUUUUUUUGUCCAUCUUUUUAGUAAUAAUUAAAAUUUUCUGGAGAUAAAUACACA